UAAUUGUAGUCUUGUCUGGUUGGCGAUAGUGUUAUAACCUCAAACUGUCAUUGACAAAAACAAACAAUUUWGCGAUAAAAUUGUUUAACAAUGUUGGACGGCUGGUAUUGCCGUUCAAUGGCGAACGCGGCGAGUCUAGCCGAAGAGGAGGAGCGCUCUCAGGAGGAGUCCAAAUUCAAAAAAGAGUACAAAUUCCUCAAACGCAAGUUCCACAAUUUAGUUUACGAAAAUGAAGCUCUCAUGCAAGCCCUCCGCGCCGCCCAAAAGCGCCUCUUAUCCGUCACCCGAGACAGGACUUUCCUCCUCGACCGCCUCCUUUUGCACGAAAAAGUCGACAAUUCCACCUCAGAAUCGGAAGAAACCGACUCUUCGGACGACGGCGAGCCCGUCAAAGUGGAGGCACCGGCCAAAAAGAGAAAACUCGAGAAUUCGUUCAAUAACGGCCCCGGGAAAGUGUUACCAGCGGCGAAAAAAAAGCGAAACCCGGCCCCCAGACCGGCCAAACCCGUGGCACACCACACUCUAGUACACAUGCCUGGGAGCUCCACUAGCAACAUUUUGUCGGACGGGCACAUGACCCCCGAGGAGGUGGAGAGGCAUUUGCAAGCGCAGAAUUACGUGGAGUUGGUGCCCGAGAGGGCGCCCCCCACCGUACCCACAGAGAUGUUCAGUAAUGAACCUUCACUUGACAGCGAAUCUAAUGAUGUGGGGGAGCUGGAGACUUCGCCUAGUAACAUGGGAGAGGAGCUAAGUAUUGACAUGAUACCUGAAUAGUGAUAUUUUAUAAAAUUAAAAUUUUGAUAAAAAAUUAUUCUCCGCUAUCACUACUUUUAUAGUCA